GCGACCGCGGCGGGGCUGUGCCUCCACUGCAGCCCAGCGCAGGCCGCGGAGCCGGGGCGCUGCAGCCGAGAGCGCGGGCGUGUAGCACGGCGGGCCGGCGCCGGGAGUCCUGUUGAAGAGUAGCAUCUCUGGUCCCACAAGGAAUUAGGAGCGAGUAAGUGAGACUCCACGUGGGAGAAGAAUAGUGAGUGCCUGCUCCGUCCAUCAUCAGAGGAAGCUCACCAUUGCUAUGGAUACCGAAUCCACAUAUUCUGGCUAUUCCUACUACUCAAGCCAUUCAAAAAAAUCUCACAGGCAAGGGGAAAGAACACGAGAAAGACACAAAUCUCCACGGAGUAAAGAUGGCAGAGGGUCAGAAAAGUCCGUCACUAUCCAGGCUCCCACUGGAGAGCCCCUGCUGGCAAAUGACUCCGCUCCCACAGGCGCAGAGGAAGUUCAGGAUGACAACUGGGGAGAGACCACCACAGCCAUCACAGGCACCUCGGAGCACAGUAUAUCCCAAGAGGACAUUGCCAGGAUCAGCAAGGACAUGGAGGACAGUGUGGGACUGGAUUGCAAGCGCUACCUGGGCCUUACGGUCGCCGCAUUCCUUGGACUUCUGGUGUUCCUCACCCCCAUUGCCUUCAUCCUGCUGCCCCAGCUCCUGUGGAGGGAGGAGCUGAAACCCUGUGGCACCAUCUGUGAGGGACUCCUCAUUUCUGUCUCAUUCAAACUGCUCAUUCUGCUCAUUGGAACCUGGGCGCUCUUCUUCCGCAAGCAAAGAGCGGAUGUGCCACGGGUAUUUGUGUUCCGCGCCCUGUUGUUGGUCCUUAUCUUUCUCUUCGUGGUUUCUUACUGGCUUUUUUAUGGGGUCCGCAUUUUGGACUCCAGGGACCAAAAUUACAAGGACAUUGUGCAAUAUGCGGUCUCCCUUGUGGACGCGCUGCUUUUCAUCCACUACCUUGCCAUCGUCCUGUUGGAGCUGCGGCAGCUACAACCUAUGUUCACACUGCAGGUGGUCCGUUCCACCGACGGAGAGUCCCGGUUCUACAGCUUGGGACACCUGAGCAUCCAGCGAGCAGCGUUGGUGGUGCUGGAAAAUUACUACAAGGACUUCACCAUCUAUAACCCAAACCUCCUAACGGCAUCCAAAUUCCGAGCAGCCAAGCACAUGGCUGGCCUGAAAGUCUACAAUGUAGAUGGGCCCAGUAACAAUGCGACCGGUCAGUCCCGAGCCAUGAUUGCGGCGGCUGCGCGGCGCAGGGACUCCAGCCACAACGAGUUGUAUUACGAAGAAGCCGAACACGAGCGGCGGGUGAAGAAGCGGAGAGCAAGAUUGGUAGUGGCAGUGGAAGAAGCCUUCAUCCACAUCCAGCGUCUCCAGGCUGAGGAGCAGCAGAAAUCUCCUGGAGAGGUGAUGGACCCCAGGGAGGCAGCUCAGGCCAUCUUCCCCUCCAUGGCCAGGGCGCUCCAGAAGUACCUGCGGACCACGCGCCAGCAGCACUACCACAGCAUGGAGAGUAUCCUGCAACACCUGGCCUUCUGCAUCACCAACAGCAUGACCCCCAAGGCUUUCCUGGAACGGUACCUCAGUGCGGGCCCCACCUUGCAGUAUGACAAGGAGCGUUGGCUCUCCACACAGUGGAGACUUAUUAGUGAUGAAGCCGUGACGAAUGGGCUGCGGGACGGAAUUGUUUUCGUCCUUAAAUGCUUGGACUUCAGCCUCGUCGUGAAUGUGAAGAAAAUCCCGUUCAUCGUACUCUCGGAAGAGUUCAUAGACCCCAAAUCUCACAAGUUUGUUCUUCGCUUACAGUCCGAGACAUCGGUUUGAAAGUUCUAUAUUUGUGGCUUUAUGAAAAACAAAAGAAUGUAUAGAGAGAUAUAUAUGUCCGGGGGAGACCUUUUAUAAAGAUUUUUUUUUUUAAUUCUUUGAUGCUGACUGAAACUGACAGAUGAUAGACCAGUAUCCUUCGACCAUCUGCACUUUAUUUGGAAGGAAGCAGGAGAUGUCCACCCCAACAAGCGACUGGUGGCAUCUGACUUUAAUAGAUGGGACUUCUGAAGAAGCUGUUCCCUGGAGUUUCUCUGACAGCUGUAAACCAAAGUGUAGCUGCUGUGUCCUUGGGAGCCUUGCCUUACUGGUCCCUGCCUGUCGCCCAGUACCACGUUCCUAUGGACUUCUGGUCGACCUCCUCCUAGGUUCUAGGGGACUCACUUUAUUCUGCUUCAGGAAACCAGACACUACACAUCCACACGUGUGUUUGUACAUGUGAUUUUUUCAUAUCACCACACCAUCCUGGGGAGUGGUGGGCAGUCCAGGAAAUGCCCACCCACCUGCAUCUGUUCUUUAUUGCCUUAGAUUCCACAGAGAAAGCCCAGCAGAAAAUGGGUGCUGCCGGGUUGCAGCUGCUAAGUGAUCGGCUUUCCAUUUUCCAAAGUGAGGGAACUACCUGCCCUGUUUCUGGCCCGUCCCUCUGUUGGCCGGAGGCAGGCAGACCUUCCUUAGCCCUGGCAUUGCCCACCUGAACUCCACUGUAGCCCACUUUGAGCACUCAGACCACAGCCCCACCUGGUGGGCAGCCCCAGGGAGGCUAGCUCGGCCCUCCAGAGCUGACAGGGACGGCUUCCCAGUAUGCCUACAAAGCUCUUUGCACAGAGUCUUUUUCAGAAGCAAGGUAUGACUCUGGGGAGCCAUUGAGCUGCAGAGCCCCCUUUAGGAUGCCGCAGGAGCCCCAUCUGCCCAGUCCUCCUUAGCCCUGCUUCUCCCAAACCAGGAGAGACCAACACUGUGACUCCCAGGUGGCAGGUGCCCCUUGGAUCCAUCCAAUUUCCCAGGGAGACAAGUCCUCACAGAGCUCAUGUGCCAAGCUGCCCUACCACAGGAGAUCAAGCGAUACUCACCACGCUGGCAACUACUGCUGUCCCGUCCCUGUGGUUUGGGACGACCGUCACUGUGCAACGUACCACAAGGGAAAGGUUCCUCUGCCCUUGUGUAAAUUGCCCUUAGUUAUUGGUCAGGAGGAGGAAAGGAGAGGGGUGUCGGGGAAAGGGACAGUGGGGGUUCCGUAUUGCAGUCCAGCAGGCCCCUUCUGUCAGCUGGUUUCAGAGGACUAACCCCUUGUUGUCCUAUUUGUAGACAUGAGGUGCCUCCUGGCAGAGCCCUGUGCAGGGAAGUGCCCAAGGAGCCAUGUCCCGAAUCCUUGAAGUGGACUAUCUUGGUCUCUGUUCGCCUGCCUAGAUCUGAAACAGUGAUUCCCGAGUAUUCACUUUUUCCUUCCCCGGCUUCAGGGAUCUUGUUUCAAGAAAGGAGAACUCUGUCAACAUCUGUGCAUGUAUACCCUUCCUAAAUAUGCAUUCCAUAAAUCACACUAUUUUAUCUGUCAUUUUAAAAAAAAAAUCAAAAUUGGCUUGGGAUAUUUGUAAUGUAUCUUUACUUGGAAAAGCGAACAUUCUUCUUCACUCAACAACUUUUAGCUCAGAAAGACGUGUUGGGGAAGGAAGGGGAAUCACAUGGGCCGAGGCCCGGAGUCAAGAUGUCCCGUGUUAAUAGCAUGGCUCUGUUUGAGACACACAUAGUGGAAUCAGGGUGCUUUGGUCUUAGUUUUUCCCUUUAGGUCCCUUCUGACUGGAAGUUCCUCAUGAUGUCUUUCUCAGGAAUAUUUUAGGAGAUAAGGUAAGGGGUGGGUAGUCUGUGAGAGACUGGCCGUCUGUGGAGGGUAACGUCCCAGAGUAGCUGCUUGGCCACGAAUACUGUGCGGUUGUAAGUGCCAUAAAUGUAAAUAAUAUGGAGUUACAUGCAACACUGCUCAUCAGGGCUUUAAAAUACUGUGCUUCCAAUGCUGUCUUAAAUUAUGGGUCUCAAAGGGAUUAAGUUGGAGUCAUGUAUUGGUGUGUGCAUUCCCAGCAGGGUAAGAAAGGUUUAAAUUAAGGAAUUAAUUUAUUUUCUCUCCCGCCCCCCUCUCCCUCUGUAACUCUUUGCAUAGUAGAAUUUCAGACUUCCUGGUUGUAAAUUGAAUAUCGAUUUUUUUUUUUUUUUCAAAACAUGAAGUUUGCAUCGAUUCCUUCCUGGAAGAAAAGCAAAAGCAAAUUCAGCUCGUGCUCCCAGCGUCUUCACAGCUCGAGUUACUGGUGCAGUGGGAACCCUGUGAGCGAUACUUUGGAAACGAAAUGUAAAGUUGCAGAAAGCUGCCUCACACAAUUGAAGAAGUAAAUUCUUACUUCGUUUCUCGCACCCCCAUAGCAUAUUGUUUUUAAAGGAUGUAAACUGUGCCCUAAGGCUGGAAGGAUGCAUGAGCCUAUUAGAGUACACAGGAUUCCAUUACCUUAAAUGUUCAUAGAUUUUUCCCCCUAUAACUUUCAACCUAAGUUACUAAAAUUCUAACAUUAAAUGUGAAGGAACCCAGUGCAGAGUGUAGGUCCGAUAUUGCUGACUUUCCCUUAGUUAUUGUCAGUUGUCUACAAAGGCAGACAACUUUUGUUCAAAAGUGUGUGCUUAAAAAAAAAAGUGAAAAGAAAAGGCAGUCUUAAAUAGUGCAUGAAUUGACUGUUCAAAAAGUCCGCACCAUGGGAGACAGAAUAGAUUUUAAAGUUAUAAGGCUCAUCUGUCCUUAGAUGAUCCACAGAGUCAAAAAUCUCUUGGCUAAGGUUCAUAAAGUAAGCCCCAGAGAAAAUGCAUAACCAUUGUUUCCCCCCAACAAUUAUUGUCUCCCUUUCUUCCUCUGACUCUCCCUUUCGAGAUCUUACAGCAGAGUGUGAAGUCAGUGGCCUGGGUAUGUUGGUCUCAUCACAAUUCAUUGUUAGGAGUGUGGGACUCCUUUCUAGUGAAUGGGGAGCCUGGCCAUGCUGGCGAGUCUAAGAAAGGCUUAGGAUGCUCUCUUGCUGCCCCUUGAAUCAUUGGUGGUGGUGGCCAGCUCUCCUUUCUAGGUCAUUUUCUUGAGUGCAUGUAUUAAAUGUAACUGCUUGUCUUAGUCAGGGUCACUAUUCCUGUGAUGAAACACCAUGACCAAAGCAACUUGGGGAGGAAAGGGCUUAUUUGACUUACACUUCCACAGCACAUUUCAUCAUCAAAUGAAGCCAGGAAAGGAACUUAAACAGGACAGGAACCUUGAGGCAGGAGCUGAUGCAGAGGCCAUGGAGGGGUGCUGCUUACUGGCUUGCUCAUCAUGGCUUGCUCAGCCUGCUUUCUUAUAGAACCCAGGACCGCCAGCCCAGGGAUGGCACCACCCCCAGUGGACUGGGCCCUUAUCCACAGAUCACUAUUUAAGAACAUGCCCUACAGGCUUGCCUACAGACAGAUCUUAUGGAGACAUUUUCUCAAUUGAGGUUCCCUUGCCUCUGAUAACUCUAGCUUGUGUCAAGUUGACAUAAAACUAGC